UUCUACCAUAUAUACAAGGCCUUUUUUUCUUUAGCAGAGAUAGGCACAGAGGAGAAAGAAAGCUUGGCAUGGCAACCCAUCAACCUCUGUUAGAGAACCCCAAAACUUCCCAAUGCAAGCCUCUGUUCCUAAUUCUCUCCAUAGCUGCCAUCAUAAGCUCAUCUGCACUUCUCACUACCCAUCUCACAAAACCCAGCUCCUCCGAUCACCCCCUACAGCUUCUUCACAUCUGUGAUCAAGCCCACAGUUUCCGGGAAUCAUGCUUGGCCAUGGUCUCAGAAGUGGUCCAGGACACACACACGAUCUGCAGGGAAAUGGGUGAUGUUUGUCUACUGCAAAUGUUCUUAGAAAGAUCGACAUCCGAAAUACAAAAAGCCAUGAAGACUGCCGAAGAUCUCAACCACAGGAUCAAGAUCAACGAUCCUAAAGUGUUUGCUUGUUUGCUUGAUUGUGUGCAGCUGUUUGAGUUGUCCGUGGACAGGAUUUUGGGCAGUGUAGUUGCUCUGCAAAAUAUGAGUAGCCAUUCUAUUGAAGAUGCCCAUGUAUGGCUAAGUAGCGUGCUCACCAACCAUGUCACCUGCCUGGACGGGCUAGUGGGGUCGGUCCGGACGACGAUGGAGCCUGAGCUCAAGGGGUUGAUAUCAAGAGCCAGAGCUUCCCUAGCCAUGCUUGUUGCAGUUUCGCCUUUGAAAACCAGAGAGAUGGAGCCAUUAAACGGGGAAUUCCCGUUGUGGGUCAGGAGCGGUGACCGGAGGCUUUUACAGGCUUCGGCUAAGGAGGAAAUCAAGGCUGAUGUUGUGGUGGCCAAGGAUGGGAGUGGGAACUACAAGACUGUGAAAGAAGCUGUAGAGUCGGCACCAAAUAAUGGGAAAAAUAGGUACGUUAUUUAUGUGAAGAAGGGGAAAUAUAAAGAGAAUGUUGAAAUAGGGAAGAAAAAAAAGAACGUCAUGAUCGUCGGUGACGGCAUGAAUUCAACGAUCAUCACCGGUAGCUUGAAUUUUAUCGACGGAACCACUACUUUCAAAUCUGCGACUGUAGCUGCUGUUGGCGAUGGAUUCAUAGCUCAAGACAUCUGGUUCCAAAACACAGCAGGGCCGAAGAAGCACCAAGCGGUGGCGCUCCGCGUCGGGGCCGACCAAUCCGUCAUAAAUCGCUGCCGCAUCGACGCCUAUCAGGACACUCUCUACGCCCACUCAAACCGACAAUUCUUCCGAGACUCCUACAUCACCGGAACAGUGGAUUUCAUCUUCGGCAACGCGGCUGUCGUGUUACAAAACUGUAAAGUAGUAGCCCGAAAGCCCAUGAGUGGACAGACCAACAUGGUCACGGCCCAAGGCCGAAUCGACCCAAACCAAGCCACCGGGACUUCGAUCCAAAACUGUGACAUAAUAGCAAGCCCUGAUCUUGAGCCCUUAAACGGCUCGGUCCGAUCAUAUUUGGGCCGUCCGUGGAAGGAGUAUUCAAGAACCGUUGUCAUGCAGUCCUACAUAGGCGGCCAUAUUGAUCCGGCCGGGUGGUCUGUGUGGGAUGGGGAUUUUGCCUUAAAAACAUUGUAUUAUGGGGAGUAUAUGAACAGGGGACCAGGUGCUGGCACUGGCAAGAGAGUGAAAUGGCCUGGUUAUCAUGUCAUCACCAGAACAGAGGAAGCCAAAAAAUUUACAGUUGCAGAGCUGAUACAAGGAGGGUAUUGGUUGAAGUCCACUGGAGUGGCUUAUACAGAAGGGUUGUGACUUGUUAGUGAAUAUAUAUAUAUAUAUGGCUCAUACUUCUGUUUUUCUGUCUUGUUUCAGUAAGUGAAUCUGGUGGCUUUGGUUCGUUUGAUCACUAUUACGACGUUAAUUAGUGAUUAUGUUGUGGCUUUUUCUGAAACAACCUUGUCUGAUGAAUAAAUAUCCCUUCUCUUUGUUUGUAAUUGCUGAGAAAAAAAA